AUGUCAUCAAGUGAGAAACUUCAGACGCCACAGAACCUGUUGCUGUUGAACUUGGCCGUGGUCGACACUAUCAUGAUGUUGUCUUGUCAGCCCAUAUUUCUCUUCUCUAGCUUGGUUGGGGGAUGGAAGUUCGGCACCGCAGGUUGUCGUGUGUCGGGAACUUUUGCGACGUUCGGAGGAAUCGGUUCAAUUCUCUCGAUGACAGCAAUAGCGUACGACAGAUACGUUAUGAUAUCGUUCUCGGCUGAGGCUAAAUCGAUCGCCAGCAAGACCCGCUCCCUCAAGAUUAUUGCACUGGUUUGGGGAUACGCCUCCAUUUUCGCAAUCAUACCCAACCUCGGGUACGGAAACUUCGUGCUCAACGGCUUCAAGACUAGCUGCACGUUCGAUUACGUCACCCAGGAUCUAACUACCCGGACCCAACUGAUGUUCAUGUACUUGAUGGGGUUCCUGAGUCCUCUGCUAAUUUCCAUCUUCUGCUACGCGAACAUUUUCCACACUGUGAAACAGUCCAGACACAAAAGCUCUAAUCCCUCUAAAUCAUCCGGCAAAAAUAACAGCAAGGAUGAAAACAAGCUGAUGUGA